CCACCACCUCUCCACCCUCCUCUGCUUAUCGAUCCCUUCCCUCGAAACCUCCCCUCCAAUCCCCCCUCAAUUCUCAAAACGCUAGCCUCGUUCCAUCACCCAACCCUAGAUCUGCACCCCCCUCGCCUCCUCAGAUUCAAGAUCGAGGGAUCAAUUCGUGAAGUUUGUGGGGGGAGCUCAAACCCUAGGCUCGUUUCAACACCCGCUCCCAGAUCUGGACCUACCGUCGGUUGAAAUUUGUUCCAUUAAAUUCUAGAUCUUAGAGAGAAGUCGAGAUGCAUUCGAGGUCGGCGCAGUCGUCGUAUAGAGAUCGGACGCAGGAGUUUCAGACGCGGCGACGGAGACUGAAGAAGUCGAUCCCCUCUCAUCAACCGGACGCGCAGUUUGGCAACUCCGCUGUGAACGCGGCCGAGAGGCCGAAGUCUCGGGGGGUCUCGGUUCACUCCGAAUUCAACAAGAGAGCUUCCAAGAUUGGUCUUGGGAUCCAUCAGACCUCCCAAAAGCUCGCCAAACUGGCGAAAUUGGCAAAGAGAACAUCGGUUUUUGAUGAUCCAACUGUUGAGAUACAGGAACUUACAGCAGUCAUUAAGCAAGAUAUUACAGCUUUAAAUUCUGCAGUUGUAGAUCUGCAACUUCUCUGUAAUUCGCAGAAUGAAACUGGCAAUAUAUCCAAUGACACUACCAGCCAUUCAACUACUGUGGUUGAUAAUUUGAAGAACCGUUUGAUGAGUGCAACGAAGGAGUUCAAAGAAGUCCUAACCAUGCGGACAGAGAACAUGAAGGUUCAUGAGAACAGAAGACAACUGUUUUCAUCUUCAGCAACAAAAGAUUCUACAAAUCCUUUCAUUAGGCAACGUCCUUUGGUUUCGAGGGGAUCUGCUGACUCAACUGCACCACCAGCACCCUGGGCAAAUGACUCAGCUUCUUCUUCUUCUUCUCAGUUGUUUCCCCCUAGGUAAUGUUGUCUGCAAAAUGAUAUUUACUUAUUUCGUUAAAUUUAAAUUUUAGGUCCAUACAAAUUUAAUAUAAUAGCUAAAUGGAGAGAUGAUACAUUUUAUCUUUUUUUUUGUUGGGCUAACAAAAGCUAAAUGAUGGUCCGAAAAUUAUUCCAUGAUAAUGCUGACAUAGUCUAACUCUCUAAACGAUUGUUUACAUGUAAUUUUCCCAUAGAUAGGUAUCUGCAGCAUUAAUAUUUUUUAAUACGGAUGUCCUCAAAAUGGUAAUCAAUUCCGGUUGUUUAGGAUCAGUUAGUUUCAUAGAUAUGACAAUGUUUUGUAUAUUUUUGAAACUGAGCUAUGUGAGACUAU